AAAAAUAAAGACAGUGAUUGUAAAUUAAUAUUAAUAUAAAUUUAUAUAUAAAUAAAAAUGUCACGAUUAUCAAAUCGUGUAUCGUCUAUCGUGGCAGCUCUCGCGAUUAUUUUUCUCGUUGUGUUUCUCGUGAUUCUUUGGACGAGUAUAAAUACCGCAGACACAUCUUAUCCCGGUAAAUCUCAAGUGACUAAUUUUACGGGGUUGCCUCGUAAAUUCAACGACAAUGGACCGCUGCGGAUACAUCAGGAAAUAACUGAUCAAGAUUCUAUUGAUAAUUAUCCAGAUAAUAAUUUGCCGGAUCUGGAUGUCAAGGGGGACAGAGAAAACCUAUCCUGGAAAGAAGAUAUUUUGCCCAAGACUAACACCAAUGGGGACAUAGAAUACGUUAUACCUAUGAAGCUUAGUUAUAACCAGUAUGAAGAUCCUCCUACAGAAGCUACUAACGCAAGACGUCAUCAUAGUGGCCAUUUUCGACACUUCAAUACUCAAAUUUGGGAUCCCCAUCCGCAGUAUGAAUUCACCGCUUUUGGAGAAAAGUUUUUGCUUAAACUCAAGCAUGACAAUAGUUUUAUCUCGCAAAAUAUCAAGGUGACUCACACAAGUCAAAACAGAACUAAGUGGGAACAUCCAGGUCACCAGCUGGGCUGCUACUAUACGGGUGUCGUUGAUGGUGAUCCUAAAUCCAUCGUUUCUGUCAGUUUAUGCCACGGAAUGACCGGUCAUAUGAAGACAUCCAGUGGAAGCUACAUCAUAAAGCCAACGACAAAUCGAAUUGAGGAUAAAGACACUGCCAACAAGUUUUCAUUCGAACAUGCCAUUUAUCGCGUUUCUGCAACGAGAACCAAUUCUAACAAUGUCGAUUUGCCUGAUGAAUCCGGUCACAAUUGUGGAGUUAUAGACUAUGGCACAGCUGAAGACGCCUCGACGCCUCUUGCAGACGAGACUAAUGGAAAAAUUCAAGUCGGGGAUCAUAGACGUGAAAGGAGGUCUCUGUCUGAAAAAAACUAUAUUGACUACUAUCCAAUUAGCGAUAAUAAAGAGGAGCGAUAUCGCAGACUCGAUGAAUUUAUCCGGCAUCAGAGGGAGUAUUCAAGUCGAAAUCAAUUGUAUGAUGAUAGGUCAAAAAAAAAUAUCGAAGAAGAAGACCUAGAUGAAGACGACGAAGAAGAAAUGAUGACCGACAGUAACAAAGAAUCAUUGGAUAUAAACGCAGCUUGGAGAUCGAGACGGGCUCUACCGAAGGAAUAUUUUAUUGAAAUAAUGGUUGUCGCGGACGCUAAAAUGAUUGAAUUGCACGGAGUCGGUCUUGUCAGCUAUAUUUUGGGUCUUAUGAACACGGUAUCAAGAAUCUUCAAGGAUCCAUCAAUAGGAAACCCGAUAAGUUUAUCAAUAACAAAAAUAGUGAAGAUCGAGGAGGUAUUCGGAACGAGGCAGAAUGGAACUGACGGUAUAGCUGCUGCGGAAAUGCUUAAAAAAUUUUGCUACUGGCAGAAACAUAAUAACCCGGAUGAGCCAUCGCCGGAGCACCAUGACGUGGCGCUUCUUCUAACGAGAGAAGAUUUAUGCCACAAUAUUGGACAAAGAAGGUGUGACACGUUGGGUCUAGCCGAGCUGGGUAGGAUGUGUUCACCAGGAUCUUCAUGUGCAAUCGCCCAGGAUAACGGUCUGGCUGCAGCCUUCACAAUCGCCCACGAGAUUGGUCACGUUUUCAAUAUGCCCCACGACGACGACAACCGAUGUGUGAAAUUCCGCAAUCGCUCGCCUAUCCACAAAGUAAUGUCUCGGAUGCUGGACGACAAAACGCAUCCUUGGGAAUGGUCCAAGUGCUCCCGGCACUACCUCACAGAAUUUCUAGAAUCGGGCAAAGCAAACUGUCUGCUUGACGAACCCAGAGAUAUGAUAAGAUCCGACUCGGGACGACUACCUGGGGAAGAUUACUCGGAAAACGAACAAUGCGAGCUUGUUUUUGGCCUCGGCUCCAAAAUAUGUCCUCACAUCGAGAUUGAUGUGUGCAAGAGACUGUGGUGCACCGCACCAUCCUCGAGCCAUCAGCCCCAGUGUCACACCCAGCACAUGCCUUGGGCAGAUGGCACCCCCUGUGCCUUCGGAAUGUGGUGUCAACGUGGUAGAUGCGUCUCCAAGCGGAACUUGAUCCCGAUCGACGGCCAAUGGGGCGAAUGGGGCCGCUACGGACCCUGUUCAAGAAGCUGCGGUGGCGGGAUAAAGGCCAAGCGUCGCGAGUGUAAUAAUCCGCCUCCUCAAAACAGCGGAAACUACUGCAUCGGCGAGCAUGUCAAGUACCACAGCUGCGGGACCAAAGAAUGUCCUCCUGGAUCUCCUGAUUUUCGGGAAGAACAAUGCGCCAUGUGGAAUAAUCAUCAUAAUGUUCAGAAUCUAUCACGUGACGUCAAAUGGCACGCUAAAUCUAUAAAAAUUCCGCAGGAAGAUCGGUGCAAACUGUUCUGCCAAGUUGAAAGCAAUCAGUACUACAUGCUAAACGACACGGUGAUCGAUGGUACACCCUGCGGGCCUGACACCUUUGAUAUUUGCGUUAACGGGCAUUGCAAACAGGCGGGCUGCGACCAUGUUCUCGGGUCGAACGCCAAGUUGGACACAUGUGGAGUUUGUCGCGGUGAUAAUUCUACAUGUCAACGCAUCACGGGGGCCUACAACUCCAGCGGGGUCUAUGGCUACAGAAAAGUUACUAAGAUUCCUAAGGGAAGUAGCUAUAUUGAUAUACGGCAGCUCGGAUGGGGAGGCUCUCACAACGACAGCAACUAUCUUGUUCUGAGGCUCGGCGAAGACGGAGAGUAUAUUCUUAAUGGGAACUACAUGGUGAUGCACAAGAAAGUUAUUGUUCUUCCUGGUAGCGCUAUUGAAUACAGCGGGCCUGGGACUGUGGUCGAGCGAUUGAAUAGUUCAAGGCCCGUCGGGGUUGAUUUGAUUCUUGAGAUUUUAUCAGUCGGCGACAUCGUUCCUCCUCAAAUAACAUACGAAUACACAGUACCAAAGAGAAUUCUAGGCAGCUAUACUUGGAUUUUAAGCGAUUGGUCAUCAUGUAGCCACAUGUGCCAGGGUAAUAAGCAACGUCGCGCAGAAUGCCGUAAUACUGAGCAUAAAGACGUCGUUUCUGAUGAUUAUUGCCGACGAGAAGAAAGACCUCAGGAAGAGUCUCAAUUAUGUAAUACGCAUUGCAUACUUCAAUGGCAACUUACACCAAAAUCAGAGUGUUCAAAACAUUGUGGACCCGGAACACAAAUGGUAUCAAGUCGUUGCUUCCAAGUUAUCUUGAACUCGCCCAAUCAGUCUGCUAGACUGCUAAGAGAUUACGCGUGUGCUCAUUUGGAACGUCCAAGUGAUAUUCGGCCUUGUGUAGGCCCCUGCGAUGAUGUUCGUUGGAGCUACAGUGAUUGGGGCACUUGCAGUGUCACCUGUGGUGGAGGCGUUCAAAUUCGGACGGCCAAGUGCAUUGAUUCUAAUGGUGUUGAAGUUGCGGAAAACACAUGCAAUGCUUCUGAAAAAAUUCUCAAGCGUUUUUGUGGAUCUGAAGCUUGUCCUCAAUGGACAUUUGGCGAAUGGUCACCUUGCUCGACGACAUGUGGAAUAGGCAAGCGACUGCGAUCGUAUUGGUGCCAAGUUGAAAAUCGUAUUGUCAAUCAGGUCUACUGCAACAAGCUACUGUCAGCCGUCUCAGAAAUAUGUAACGCAGGACCAUGUCACCACUGGUCCACGGGUGAAUGGAGCUCGUGCUCGGUCACGUGCGGAGAGGGAACUCGAAGAAGAAAAGUAGCUUGUAUGAAUGCCGAUGGCACUUCAAGUGACUCUUGUGCGCCAUCGGAAGAACCGGAAAGCUUUCAGACUUGUUCACGUGAGCCUUGUCCUACUAUAACCACAUCGCCGAUUUACUCUUCCGAGCCGACUACACCCGAUUCAUUUGACCAAGAAAAUGAAAUAGAUAGCAAUCGGAUUCCCGUUUACCCGAUUUAUGUUUGGAGAACUGGAACAUUUGGCGCGUGCUCGAGAUCAUGCAACGGAGGAUUCAAAAAUAGAAUAGUACAGUGUAGUUCACCAGACACUCAUACAUCUGCUCCGGAUGAUUACUGCGAUAUUAAUCUACGUCCAGCAAGCAGGAUGCCGUGUAAUCGGCAUGCAUGUCCACUUUGGAAUACCGGACACUGGAGUCAGUGCGAUGCUGAUUGCGGUGAAGGUUACCAACAUCGGCAAGUUCGUUGCCAAAGUCCACGUGGUGAAAUAUUACCGGAUCGUGAAUGUACCACCGUCGACAAGCCUAAACACGUUAAAAAAUGUUGGAAUGAUUUAGAUUGCGUGACCAAUAACCAGCAUAAUCAUAAUACCAAUACCAAUAAUAAUCAUAAUCACAGUCAUAACCAUAACCACAAUAAUAACAAUAAUAAUAAUAACUACGAUAAUAAUAGCAAUUCAAAAGGGCAAUCACGCAGAUGGCGAGUCUCUAAUUGGACUCCAUGUACAAAAUCAUGUGGAGGUGGAAUUAAAGAAAGGAGAGUCGACUGUGUAAUAAGGUGGUUUAAUGGCGAUAAGGAAGAAAGGGUUGGUGAUGAGGAGUGUACGAGAUUUGGUUUUAAUAAACCAAGAACACACAGACCGUGUCAAAGGAUACCAUGUGACUUUACUUGGAAGGAGGGCAGCUGGUCUGAGUGUUCAGCAGAUUGCGGUGAUGGAAUACAAAGACGUGCAGUAACAUGUCACCAUAUUAAUCGUUACGGGUGGAUAGAUCCUUCACCAGCGGAAGGUUGUCCAUUGGAUAAAAAACCUAAGAGUGAACAGCACUGCAAAUUACAAAGGUGUGAUGAUAAAUACUACUGGACUGCUGGUCCUUGGAGAAAAUGCAGUCAUCCGUGUGGGCGAAAAGGUCGGCAAAUCCGGCGACUUUUCUGUCAUGACAGAACAGGAACACGCGUUGCAAGAUCAAACUGUCCUGCAGAAUUCAAACCUCAGAGAAAGCGCAAGUGCAAUCAGCGCCGAUGCGGCCCUCUAACUUGUCUCGAAGCACAACGACGAUUGAAAUCUACAAAAGACGGGGAAUACACUUUACUUAUCGGCGGUAAAAAUAUGUCCAUUUAUUGCCAUGAUAUGGGAACUAGCGAGCCGAGGGAAUAUCUUACAUUACCAGCUGGCGAUAGAGAAAAUUACGCUGAAAUUUAUGAUAAAAGGCUAAACGAUCCAAACACUUGCCCUUUUGGAGGUCAGCGCAAUGACAGUUGCGAUUGUUUUGACAACCGCGGUACCGUUUCGGGAAGAACGAUGUUUAAACGAGUGAGGAUUGAUGUCGCUAAGCUGAUUAUUAUGGCUAACGACUACACAUUUUCAUGGACAAAGGGAGCCAAGAGGGUGGAGUAUGGAAAGGCUGGAGAUUGCUAUAGUAGGCAAGAUUGCCCUCAAGGGAGGUUUAGUAUUAAUUUAACCGGCACUGCCCUUAAACUAGCCAGAGAGGUAACAUGGAAACCAGAAAAGUCACGCGCGCAUCUUGCCAUUAAUAGAAUUACGGAUCAAAGAAUACUAGGCAAGUGUGGCGGCUAUUGCGGAUUCUGUUCCCCCGCAGGGGACAUGAAACUCGAAGUCCAUCCAUCCUAGUUCCU